CAGUUGUUGGGGGCUGAAGCAAGCGGCCUGUGAUUGGCAUCUAGUGGAGCUGUCAGUCAAACGCCUUUGGGGACAGACACCUGCAGCGGCGGCGCCAUUUUCUGCCCGCUUCCUGCGAACAGCGCAGGUGACGGAAGAACUUAAUAAGAUGCUUGGGCCGCUGAUUGGCUGGCAGAACUCUUUUACGGGGGGGGCAGUUGGUUUGAGCCCCGCCCUUUUAUCGCUCUGCCGCCUGAGAGUAGCGCUGAAGCCGGGCCCCGCCCUCUCUUAUGCUAAUACUAACUGCCAGGCUGUCACUCUGUGCCUGCAGCCCGCUCUGAUUGGCUGCAGCAAAGCCAUUUAUUGUCUGACAGCCCCCAUCACAUGGAUGGUUGUCUAUUAACUUGUUCAAAAAACUAUCAGGAGUUGUCAGCGUCUCCUUUCUCUCUGUACGCUGGAAAGUGCCAGUUGUUGGUUCUGUAAGUUGCAAGAGUAACGAAAGCCCAACAAACUCCAUACUUGUUCCUUUCUGUUUCGGACUUAACGAGAAAAGUUUCUUUUUCCCAACUAAACAACAUUCAAACCAAAAAGCAGAGCUCUCAGACAUCAGGUUGAAUGUACAACAUGAUGGAAACCGAUCUCAAACCUCCCGCCCCACAACAAACUUCGGGGGGAACAGGCAACUCGAACACGGCGGGAAACAACGCGAAAAACAGCCCGGACAGGGUGAAGAGACCCAUGAACGCUUUUAUGGUGUGGUCGAGAGGGCAGCGGCGGAAAAUGGCCCAAGAAAACCCCAAGAUGCACAACUCGGAGAUCAGCAAGAGGCUCGGGGCCGAGUGGAAACUUUUAUCCGAGGCCGAGAAGAGGCCGUUCAUCGACGAAGCCAAGCGGCUGCGAGCCUUGCACAUGAAGGAGCACCCGGAUUAUAAAUACCGGCCCCGGAGGAAAACCAAGACCCUGAUGAAAAAGGACAAGUACACCCUACCAGGCGGCCUGCUGGCUCCCGGCGCCAAUGCCAUGAAUGCGGGAGUCGGGGUCGGCGUCGGGGCCGCGGUCAACCAGCGAAUGGACGGUUACGCUCACAUGAACGGCUGGACGAACGGGGGCUACAGCAUGAUGCAGGAACAGCUCGGCUACUCCCAGCACCAGGGCCUGAAUGCUCACAACGUGGCCCAGAUGCAGCAGAUGCACCGCUACGAUAUGAGCGCGCUGCAGUACAACUCAAUGACCAGCGCUCAGACCUACAUGAAUGGCUCACCCACCUACAGCAUGUCCCCAGCCUACACACAGCAAAGCACAGAACUUGGAAAUAGCUGGCAGAUAGAGGGAAAGUAAUUAAGGUAUUAAAACAAGCAGUGCGUUCCUCCAGAGGACCUUAUCAACCAGGAACAGGCUCUGCAUCCCUCAAUAUGCUAAUAUAGGAAGAAUGACGUCACAGCUGCAAGUUUGUCUGCACCAUUGUGGAAACAAAUGCGAAGUUCCGUAAAUGAAAUGAUCUUUCCCACUCUCUCUACAAUCAUCAGAGUAUGAUAUGUUGUUUUAAAACGCCAGCCUACUUUUAUGUCAUAUUUUGCCGUAAUUUGCUAGAAUGAAAUGUAACGGUUUUGGGUGACGCCUAUAAUUUAUAAUGCUUUGAAAGCAGAAGUGGAAUACAGAAAUAAAAUAAAUAAACGUUAUUAAGAACAGUGUUAGUAUACAUAAAGCUUAUUGUAAAAUAUGGAACAGAAGGUAAAUCAUAACUCGGCAGUUUGAUUGUCUGAGAUUAUCAGAUGGAGAAUGGGUUACAGUAGUAACACACAUACUUCCCAUCCAAGAAUGCCGAUAAUUUGAUUAAUACGGUCAUUUACAUUCCGGAGGAUGGGAGUCCGGGCUAAAAUAAACUGCGAUAAUAAAUGGUUGCAUUCUCCAAGUAUUAAAGCCAAACGCAUUAUCAGUGCAGCUUCUCAUGUCAUCAAUUCGCUUGAUGGACCAUUGUCAGUUAUGUUACAUUGAGUUUAAUUCUGGUGUUGGUAAUAUGCCUAACUUGUUGUGAAUUACCAAACUCAAUUAAAAUUCGUUUGUUUAUUUAAAAGAAAAGGACAGCCGUGAUGGAAACAGAGGUCUGAACAUAUAUUUUCUGUUAAUUGGCAGUACAGGGGAUUUGAGCUACACAGAAAUAUUUCAUAAUAGUUUGUGAGAUACUAUUCAACUAACAUUGGAGGUGGUUCUUUUACUUAAUUUUGCAAUCCCUAGCUGGCUAGUCAAAUUCAGUUAAAGAUAUAUGUAUACAGGAUUUGUGUUUUGCAGUAAGGGGGUCAAUAACCUGCCGGUGCUCGCCAAGGACCAUAAACACAGCAUUUGCACAAAAACAUCACGAAGUCAACCUUCACUAAGUCAUUGACCAGUAUUUUGAUUAGCGCUGAAUGAAUGAAUGAUUUCAAAUCUUAAUCCAAUGGAUUGAAUAAAAAACAAGCCACCCCCCCCCCGCGCGCGCGCGCGCACACACACACACACACACACACACACUUGGAAUAUUCACUAAGUACUGAAGGUGAAUGUCUUCUAGUUUGAUGAUUGUUACCAGUGGGAUGAUAGUCACCCCAUUCAGAAUCAAAGACGGGAUCGUACGAAAUAUUCAUAAGAUUUAUAUUACUUUUCUCUUCCACGUUUGGGUUUGAACGCAUGCAGUGAGCUAAAUGCGCUCAAAAGUUUUCGGGUACACUUUUAUUUACUGUGAGAAACAAGUAAAUUCAGAUUAAGCAUAAUAAAGUUUCCUAUUCUUAUCCUGUCUAAGAACAUUUUAACUCAGAUCUUCGUUGAGUCUUCUCUGAGUGGCGUUGAUUAAAUGAACGACAGUGUACGAUCUGUGUAAAGGGCUUAAUUCCAACGCACAUUAUGCAGCCGAGAAGAGGUCGGUUUACUUUAGGCGCCAUUAUUCAACGGAUUAUGUAUGCAUAUGGUAUCAAAUACAAUACGUGACAAUGAUGUGCAAACUGCUGAUUCUGAGCUAUUCUCAGUCUAAUACAGUUUCCCACUUUGCACCCAAAAGUGCUACUUGAUCGCUUUGUGUUUCAUCUCUAAACACACCGGGGAUUAAUCCCCGGUAUUAAUACUUCCAUUUUCCGUCCUAAGGACCCCUGAAAGGAUUUUAAAGUUUGCUUGGUAAACCUAUUUCCUUUCAAGGCUGAUUUAAAUUUGUAAAUCUUUAUGGAUGGUCUGUCACACUUCAGUUUAAAUCAAUAAAUAUUCUAUGCAACCCGAUUAAAUUAAAUGCAAUAAUUGUACGAAGUGAAAAGAUGAAACAUAUAAAUCUGUAAAUCCGUAUGUAUUUCAACACAUAUAUAUAACUUGAUUUUCUACAAAUUGUUAUAUAACAGAUGCAAAUGGCAAUAAAUGUAAAUCAUAUCAUUAUUUUCUUAGAGCAUAUUUUGCUUCAAUUUAGAAGUCUACUAAAGGAAAUGAGCGGCAGAAUUCUGUCCAUUUAUCUACCAAAUACACGUGUUCAAAGUUUGUCGUACACCUUAAAAGUUUAAGAAGUUUAUAUUUGUUCGUUAAACUACUGGAUAUAUUUUGUUUUUAGCCCGUUAAAAGAAAGAAUCACGCACAAUAGAAAUAUUUUUGUGGUCAAUAGCUGGAAAAGUUCACUAUUUGUUUAGUGCAUUUUAAAACGCCCAGUCGUUUUAUUACUAUAAUGUCAUACCUCGCUGCGAGAAAAUAAUAAAAAUGCAGAUUUCCUUAACUACAUUAAUCUCUAUCGUUAUGGUCGAAAUAAGAGUUUAAACGUGUUUGGUUAAGAUGUGUGUCCUUUCCAUUUCCAGUAUGCAUUGGUGCCUAUUGGUCGAGUCGACAAAGAGAAACCAAUAAUGCUCAAUCAUAACAGUAAUAUCACGAUCUCGUACUUUAAAGGCUAGCAUAUUGUUUGAUUACUAAUUCGAGUUAAUGCGAUCUUUAUGGAAACAUAAGAGCGGAUAAUUGCCUCUUUUUCUGGGCAACAAUAUAAAUCACAAUCGCUUUAUUAUUUAAUAACGUCAAACGCUUCGUUGGAUUGGCCCCGACAGGGAAGACCUUUUUUCUGCGCAGUGUUGUCGGGAAAUACAAUGCAGAUCUAAUUGUGGAGAUUUUUUAAGUUGGCUCCUGUAAAUGAACAACAGAGAUAUGGAAGUUCCAACAGAUGUCUGCAGUUCUGCUCUGACACACACAGCCACACACAGACUCUGACGACCUAUAGAAGAAUUUUUGCACCGGAUGCCUAGCAACAGUCUAAAUCUUUCUCAGACAAAUGCACUCGUUUCCCCGGUUGCUAGAGAGCACUUCAAACUGCAGAAAAGGUUAUAUUGUGUUAACCAGGGCAGUGCGUUUUGCAAUUCUUAUUGUGCGAUUCUGUACACAUUGAGUCACGUAAUCUUGAAAGGUAAAAAAAAUAUAUGGAAAGUUAGCGUUGUGAAUUUCACUGCAUGUGAACUGA